GUCCUUCCACAGGCAUAACAAUUUUCGUUGUUUUACUUGCGCCGGCCGCAUACUUUCUGACGAUGACCAUCAAUGGGUAAGUGUUACCCGUCCGACGUAGUCCGGAUGAUGUCCUGAAUCCAACCGCGCAACGGCACUGCUGCCCCCCGAGCCCAGUUGUAGGGAUUGUUUGAGGGUCAAAGAAGCAACGCAGCUCUGGGAGGCUGAGCGAGAGGAGGCUUAAACCUUAGUCGUCAAUAAUGGCGACCCACACGAUCAAGUUCGUCUGUAGAAACCCUUACGCCCUGUCCAUGGCGGUGCGAUUCAAGACAACCUCAUCCCAGUACGUAUCGUCCAGAGCCAGAGACCCCGUCUUCGAGAAACUCAUGGACAAGUACAAAAACCUCCUCAAAGUCAUUGCUGUUCAAGACCUUAUCCUCGCAAGCUCCCGCUCACCGCCCUCAGUCUCCCUCGAUUUCCUCUCCAGGCUCUCCCAGAAGCUACGCCUCAACCGCGGCGCCGCCUCCUUUCUCCGCAAAUACCCUCACAUUUUCCAGAUUUUCUACGAUCCCGCUAAUUCCAAGCCCUUCUGCAGAGUAACGGACGCCGCCAUUCAAAUUUCCCGCCGGGAAGCCGCCGCAAUUGAUGCUUCGAUGCCUCUCGUCGUCAACCGAUUGGUUCGGCUUCUCUCCAUCUCUGCCUCCAAAUCGCUGCCGCUUCGAGCUAUUUUCAAAGUUUGGAGGGAGCUUGGCCUGCCUGACGAUUUUGAGGACUCGGUAAUACCCAAACAUCCUAAUCUUUUUAAACUUUGCGACGCCCACGAACCCAAUACUCAUUUACUGCAAUUGGUUAAUGUAGUUCCUUGCGAUGGUUUUACGGCUGCCGUUGAUGAUUGGAGAGUUGCGGAGUGUUCUAGGGAGGAUACUGAUGUUGACAGGACAGAACUCCGGUUUAGUUUCAAACACGGGUAUCCUCCGGGUAUGAGGUUGAGCAAGAAUUUCAAGGCCAAGGUAAAGGAAUGGCAGAGAUUACCCUAUACAGGGCCCUACGAGGGGAUGACAGAGAAUAAGAUGUCUAAGGCUGGACUGAUGAGGUUGGAGAAGCGGGCAGUCGGGAUCGUUCAUGAGUUCUUGAGUUUGACGGUGGAGAAGAUGGUGGAAGUGGAGAAGAUAAGUCAUUUUAGAAAAUGGUUUGGGAUUGAUUUGAAUGUGAGGGAUUUGUUCUUGGAUCAUCCUGGAAUAUUCUACUUAUCAACCAAGGGGAAGAGGCACACUGUAUUUUUAAGGGAAGCGUAUGAGAGGGGGAAUUUGAUUGAUCCAAAUCCAGUUUAUGAUGCAAGGAGGAAGCUCCUUGAUCUUGUAAUUUUGGGACGAUGUGGUUUAUCCACCGGAGGGUCAAUGUCGAAAGAUACUGUUACAAGUGAGGAUGCUGCAUUUAAGUAAUAUGAUAACUAUUGAAGAAAUGACCUUUGAAAUGUUUAGCGCCUUUGUAAUUGAAAAUUUGGAAAUGAAGAUCAGAUGGCAUAUAUGUAGUUGCCUCAGCAAGUAUUGGCGGAUUUUACAUCCGCUUCAAUGUGCCAUGACAACUUCAUCUUGAUUAGAUGUUUUUCAUGUCCUUUUACUUCAGAAAAAGAGAAACUCUUGUAGUUCUUUAGAGGCUCUUUUUGGGACUAGGUGUUGAAGGCAAGCAGAAGAUUCCUUUGAAGAAAUGGAGGGCUAGGCUAUGUUUGAUUUUCAUCAUCCCCAUUGGUGCUUUGAAUUGAAACUAUUUAUGUGUGGUUUUGGAUGUCUCCGAAGUGGCAGUUUCAUUGUGCUUUGUGCAACACCUGCCAUCCACUGUCCGUUCAGUGAAGGUUGAUUUGUUGGUCAUGAUGGAAUGUGCGAAUUGAUUCAGGAUGUUUGAAUGGGAGCAUCUCUAGGAGGAACCUUCGCAUAUUUGACACCGUAUUCGGGUGCGGACCCAGCGCGUCACUUCGUGGUGAUGACUUAGCCCAUUGUUGCCCACUUUUCGCUACACUCAAUUGUUGCCCACUUUUCGCUACACUCAGGUGGCAGCGAAUAUUUGGUAAGGAUUCAUGUCAUAAUGAUCUGAUAAAUUUUACGCUGGCCGUCAGCUACCUAACGCAACCUUCCUCCUUUACUCGAGCUUGGGACUGGUUGUGUGUGAAAAGAUUAGGACAUUAAGUGCAACGUAGGCGGAGUUAAGUGCAUAAUGAUUUGACAAAUUUUACGCUGGCUGUCAGCUACCUAACGCAACCUUCCUCCUUUACCCGAGCUUGUGUGUGUGAAAAGAUUAGGACAUUAACUGCAUCACAGGCGGAGUUAAUAAUGAGAGGACGGAGAUUAUGGAAAGCUUUGUUGUGCUUGAAUGAGCCACAUUAAUGGUUGAUGACAUAGAAGGUUAAGCUUGGAGCUUGCAGUUGCUGGACAGUAUGGACUAGAUUAUUAUACAAUGUGGAAUGAGAAUGAGUUUAUCAAACUGCCUUUAAAUAAUUCAAUAAAAAAAUUUGAGUCCAUGAAAAAUGCAGGAAGUCUUUUCCCUUUCAAAUGUACUAAAAUGAAAAGAAAAAGAAGAAAAAUACAGAAUAAUCAAAUAACAGUUGGAGAACAUGAAUUUGUAGUCAUCAGGCAUGCUAAAUACACUUUUGACUUUUUUUUUUA